AUGACAAUACACCUGUGUGUGUGUGUGUGUGUGUGCGUGUGUGCAUGCGUGCGUACGUCCUUGGUGCAGGUGGCGGGUCGUAAAGGUUUCCCUCAUGUGAUCUACGCUCGUCUGUGGCGUUGGCCCGACCUCCAUAAGAACGAACUCAAACACGUGAAGUUCUGUCAGUUUGCCUUCGACCUGAAGUACGACAGCGUGUGUGUGAACCCCUACCACUAUGAGAGGGUGGUGACCCCCCCCUCAGCAGGUCCUCAGUCGUUGAUUAAAGAGGAGUACAUGCAGGACUGUCUGCAGAUCGACCUGCCCCCCCACACUGACCCCUACAGCCAGCCCCGCCCUCUCAGCAUGUACUCCAACAUGCCCCUCUCUCCCCCAGGAAGCAGCUCCAUGCAGGCUGCAGCUCUACCAGCAGGGGGCGCCGCAGGCUGCAGCAGAGCAGGGGGCGGGGCUGGGGGCGGAGUCAGGAGCAAUGGCUCAGGCCUACUUCAGAUCACCUCUCCUCAGAACCACGGAAGCCACGCCUCCCCACCUCACCCGAACCCCCCUCACACCCCCCAGCCUCCUCACCCUCCAACACCCACCUCCCCUCACCCACUGAGCCCCGAGUACAGCAGCCCCCCCAGACCUGCCACCUGGCCAGCUAAUGGCCCCGCCCCCUACAGCCCAGCAGGACCUCAUCAGAAUGGGAGGAGCCACCAGCAUCAGCCAUUGCAUCAUCCCCAACAUCACCACGCCCCCAACACUCACUUCUGGUCUCAACACCACAGCACUGCUCCCUAUCCACAACCCGUCUCCAACCAUCCAGGUCCAGAGUUCUGGUGCUCCAUCUCGUACUUUGAGUUGGAUGUUCAGGUGGGAGAGAUGUUUAAGGUCCCGUCCAGCUGUCCUCAGGUGACGGUGGACGGUUAUGUGGAUCCUUCAGGAGGGGACAGAUUCUGUUUGGGACAGCUGAGCAACGUCCACCGCACCGCCACCAGCCACCGCGCCAGGCUCCACAUCGGUCGGGGGGUUCAGCUCGAGUGUCGGGGGGAGGGGGACAUCUGGAUGCGUUGCCUUAGCGACCACUCAGUGUUUGUGCAGAGCUUCUACCUGGACCGUGAGGCGGGUCGAGUGCCGGGAGACGGGGUUCAUAAGAUCUACCCCGGAGCUUAUAUCAAGGUGUUCGACCUGCGGCAGUGUCACAGACAGAUGCAGCAGCAGGCGGCAGCGGCUCAGGCAGCAGUCGUCACUCAGGCGGCGGCGGUUGCCGGUGCAAUUCCUGGGCCGAACAGUGUGGGUGGGAUCGCACCUGCUGUCAGUGUUUGCUCGACUGCAGGUCUAGGAGUGGACGACCUGCGCAGGUUGUGUAUCAUCCGUCUGAGCUUCGUUAAAGGGUGGGGCUGUGAUUACCCGCGUCAGAGCAUCAAGGACACCCCCUGCUGGCUGGAGGUUCACCUGCACCGAGCGCUGCAGCUUCUCGACCAGGUGCUGCACACACUGCCGCCACGGGAACACACACUCUGACCCUCUGCUACAGGUGUGUGUUCUCUGCAAGGUGGGUGGGGCUUAGCUCACAGGAGAGCCAAUGGUAGCAGAGGAUAUAAACGUACCUUUUGAGACAGCAUCACCUUAACUUUCUACCUGACACCACCUGAUUCAUAAGCUCCGCCCAUUCCGUCCUCCCUCACACAGGUGUGAAAAUCAUUGGUCACUUUAGAAACACUUCAGACAAUCAGCCAAUCACAGCAUCACAUUCCUCCUGUCAUUCAUGUGUGUUUCCAUAGAAACCAGCAGUUUCAGAGUAAAGGUUGAGUUCACAGAAAACCUGAAAAUAAAAUCAAUAUUUCAUCUGGUGUCUCGUUUCAUCGUUUUUCAGUCAUUAAAGAAACAAACCUGAAGACCUCUUCCUGUUUUCAUAACUUCUCAUGAUGUCCUCGCUACCACAACAUUCUCACCUUUAAAGAGAAACUUUACAGGAAGUCCUUCCUUUUGCUGCAGCUUCGUGCUUCCUCUCAGGUGUUGAAUGAAAAUAGUUGAUGCAGCCUGUCAGGUAAAACCCAGGGCGAACACAGUCCUCCUCUCUCACCUGGAUCUCAGUCCCAUUCAUCUCUGUGGAGUCCCUCCUUCAUGACACAUCACUGACCUGUCUGUCUCUUUCUGUUGCCAUGGUGACGAUGUCCAGCUUUAAACACACCCUGAGGACAGCAGAACCUGUCACCUGAUAAAAGCUCUGUGGGCCGUUCUCAAACUGUGGAAGUGUGUGUGGAGUGGUUUCAGAAAGGUCCUCCUCCUGCACCUGUACACCUGUUCUGUCUUGACACCAUCGACUGUAAAUAUUACUUGACACACCGACUUACUUCCUGUUCCUGUCUGUUUUCUGUGGGAAUGCUCCUUCAACAUAAAGGCUUUAAUUAUUUAUUUUCUUUGAUUAUCUGCCAAAGACUCGUCUCUUACUCUUGAUAACAUCAUAUCCUGUUACGCUCUGUCAACCUUUAUUUCUUUCACCUUUUUUUAUCAUAUUUUUUUAAUGCUUUUAUACUGAAAGAGUCUAUAAUGUAAAUCUGCAGUUUCUUCAAAAUAAAACUUUAUUUCUUCCUCUGAGAUUAUUUUUCCUUGAUGUUUGAGGCUCAAUGAGCAGCUCAGUCUGUGAUAACUCUUUAUUCACUGAACACCUGAACA